AUGAGGCUAAGGAGGUCCGGCCCUGUUCCCCCGCCCCUCUGGGCUGGCGGGGUGAUCCCAGUCCCCACCCUUGGCCCACCGGCGUAUGGAUACACCAGCGUGCCAGGCGGCGACAAUGCAGACCUAAAACUCGGAGGCCGCACUAAAAUGGCAGAGACCGCAUGGCGAGUAGCCCGAGCUACAGGGAAUAAGGAAGUACCCGCCUCACACCAACAGACAGCUGACAUGGGCCACGAGGACACCGGCACAUACCUGCUGAGACCCACUCCAGGUCCAACCACACGGUGCAUGAGCAGCCGAAACCACGCUGACUCAGAGCUGGCGGCAAGGCAUAAGACCGGCGCGGGCCGGCGCCAACGAUCUUUCAGUCCAGACCACCUAAGCAAGCUCGCAGAAGGAGCUCCCCCAGCGACGAAGCCCUGUAUGCUGAGCCUCUCAGAGCAACACACGGAGGCCGACACACUCGGACCGACAGCAGACAGGCUCGGACCUGCAGGGUCCUAG